CACCACCACCACCACCACCAGGGCAACCAGUUGCGACCCACCGCUCCUCCCCCUCUCUCCUCACGAGAGCGCCGUCUGUGCUGAAGGAGGAAUGUUUUACAGUACACGUCAGCGUAACCUCAUCCUUCAUAACUGUGUACUGGGAGCUUCCCUCGCCCCAAGCCUGUCCAUCGGUUUAUAAACCUAGACCUUCACCUUCCACGAGAAGCGACCAGCGAUUGCAUCCGGGGAAGCCUCCCAACGUUACUCUUUCAAAGAACAGCGAGUUUUAUGACAAACGAAACCCAGACUCUACCCUAGAUAGGAUGACAUCUUUUCCGCGGAAAGAACCUCUGAGAAACAUUCCAUGGUUAGGCCCAUUUCCGAUACUAUCGCAUGACCUUUACUUCUCACAAAAAGGCAGCAAUACCGGCACGAGACGCUUACUUGUCAGUUCAGCAAUGCGUGCGAGUCAGUUCACUGUGACCUUUGAACCCUCACCCCGCGGGGGCAAAGAGACAGUUGUGUUGUUACCGAAUCGUACGUCUUACGUCAUACCCUCCUUGCACUACCGCGGUGGCCUCUUCAACGUCAGUGUCACCGCCGCCAUCUUUGGAGCUUCCGGUGUAAUAGAGAAAAGCCUUCAGGUUCGCGCUGCGUGUUUGGAAGAGAUCCACGUCAUAUCCGGAACCAUACAGAUCAGCGCGCCGAACCAGUUGAGCGGAAAUUACCUACCCAACGUGAAAUGUCGAUGGGUAGUGACGUCACCACCGGGCUCUCGUCUUCGAUUGGACGUGGAUCACGUGAAGCUCAGGAGCGUGGCUGUUGGUUCUGACUGCGGGUGGGAUAUGUUACGGCUGUAUCUCUCCAGCAAUCACUGGACCCUGUGUGACAGCGGGCGGAGAGUGCUGGCAACCACAAACAACUCUUUGGUCGCCUACUUUCUCUCCAAGCCGGGUCCGCAACGGAAGCCAGGAGGAUUUCUCAUCAACGUCACAGUACUCAGUUUUGCGCCACAGCACAUCCAGAUAACCAAAACGGCCUAUAGCUUCGUGUUGUCAUGGCAACCGCCAAGCGAUGACGUUAGCCAAGACCCAUUGCUAGCCUACCACGUGACGUACUCGGUGGAAGGGGGCGUGGCCAAGAGAGUCCUCCUGUCUCCCUACAUGCUGCACUUUUCCCUGGCCACCCCACAGUAUGGCCGGUUGUACACGAUCGAGGUCGGCACCAUUUUGUCGUCUGGGAGAGAAAUAACCUCCCCUGUCAUCACACAGCGCGCCAGCUGUGGCCACAAUGUGACAAGGAGCAGCACGGUUAGUUCCCCUGGCUUCCCUCACACCAUGUACAAGCCGCACACUGAAUGCACUUGGACAAUCUCGAAACCUCCAAACGUCUCUUCUGUGACCUUGAACUUUACUCACAUUGACCUUCAACCCAGCCCAAACUGCCAAAAAGAUUUCCUGGAAAUUGAAGGGCUUGGGCGACUCUGUGGGGCCUGGACCCACAUUCCACCGCUCACCUUGAAAUCUGACACUGCUGGGAUUAGGUUUGUUACUGAUUCUUCUGGACAAAGCAGAGGAUUCCAGAUUGAUGUGAUUUUCUCAUAGCUAGAUAACUACGUCUAUGCAACUCUAGGGAAUGGAGGCUGAAUGGAUGCGCAUUGGGCAAAACUGACAGAGCUAUAUUUUCACACAUGACUGCUUCCAACUCAAAAGAUGCACUUAAUUCCCUGAGUAGAAGAGAACAAGACACUAUCUUUAGCCUGCGAACACAACACAUCCCACUGAAAUCCUACCAGAAUAGGAUCCGCAAGGAUACCCCAUCUGACUACGCGUUGUGUGACUGUCAGAGUGAAACAGUAUCACGCCACCUAUUUACCUGCACAAGACUUAGCGACCUGCAUAGUACCUACCUACCUACCUCUCCAAAUAUCGGAAAUACUUUAUACAGCGACAAAAAUAAAAACCUGUACAUUAUUUUGCCAUAUCGACAGGCCAAAGGGUUAGAACCCAGAUGGCCGCUGGAUCGGAAAUAUAAUAUAGUAAAGUAAGCCAC